GUUGGUGAGCUUAAUUACAUUUUAGUUUGUGUCUAGUGCGACUAGGCUAUGGGUAGGAAGCCUUGCUGUGACAAACUUGGAGUGAAAAAGGGACCGUGGACAGUUGAGGAGGACAAGAAACUCAUCGACUUUAUUCUCACCAAUGGCCAGUGUUGCUGGCGUGCUGUUCCUAAGCUCUCUGGCCUCCGCCGCUGUGGCAAGAGCUGCCGGCUUCGAUGGACUAAUUAUCUUCGGCCUGAUUUGAAGAGGGGCCUUCUUUCUGAUGAUGAAGCACAAUUGGUUAUUGAUCUUCAUUCCCGUCUCGGAAAUAGGUGGUCGAAAAUUGCAGCGAGGUUGCCAGGCAGAACCGACAAUGAGAUCAAGAACCACUGGAACACCCACAUCAAGAAAAAGCUUUUAAAAAUGGGAAUCGACCCAGUUACUCAUGAACCUUUAAACAAAGAAUCCAAGCCUGAAGAAAGUUCUCCCCAUGCUGAAAAUUCUGCAGAUAAUAAUAUCACAGAAAAUGACGGCAGCAUCACCAACUCAUCAGAGGAUAAUUCCGGCACUACACCAACUGUGAAUUUUUCCACCACCGAUGACUCCUCUUUGUUAGACAGCAUUUGCAACGACGAAACCUUGUUGGCGAGCUUAUGGCUCGAUGAACCUGCCCUAGCUGAUGCUUCAUGGAACGGUGCCACACCAGCAACAGAAACUUGUUACAGUAAUGAGUCAAGCUUACCAUCCUGGGAGGACAACAUCGCAUGGUUGCUGGAUUGUCAAGAUUUUGGAAUCCAUGACUUUGGGUUCGAUUGCCUAAACGACAAUGGAUUCAACACGAUGAACAUGUUCACAAAACAGUAAUCUGAUCAUACCCCCAUGUUUGAAGAUGUGAGUAAAAAACAAUCAAAGUACCAAAAGGUUUUAUGUAUGUAGUUGCUUUUAGGUCAUCCUUGUUGAUAUUUA